AUGGGGUUGUCCUGGAUAGAGCCGCUGGCUGGGCUUGGGUCGCAGCCCGGCAUAUUCAACUGUAGACGGCAUCAAGACCCUAUUGGUCGUCGGUUCACCCCUAAAGUAGCCCUCUCAUCCAGUCGCGACUCUGGUAUUCUAAGCCCUCUCUAACGACGGGACUCUCCAUCAUAUCCUCGCACGCUCCGGGCCAUUAUUGCGCGGUAUCUCGAAUAUCAAGAUGGCAACCAACGGUCACACCGACGGCACGAACGGUGCAUCGGAGCGACCUAAGACGGGCGUGAAGGUCAUCGUCGUCGGAGCCGGCUUCGGUGGUCUCGGAGCGGCGAUAGAAUGCCGCCGCCAAGGACACGAUGUCGAGAUCUACGAGGCCUUCCCUGAGCUUAAGGUACUCGGCGAUAUCAUAUCGUUCGGCCCCAACGCGGGCAGGAUAUUCCACCGCUGGUCCAACGGCGAUGUAGCCCGGCGCAUGCGGCCCCUGAGCAUCGAUCUGAGGCGGUACGGCUUCAACAUCCACAAGUACGACACCGGCGAGAUCGUCAUCAAUCAGAAGACGCCAGAGUACGCCGAGGACGCGCCGAACUUCAACGGCCACAGGGGCGAGCUGCACGAGGUAGUCUUCAACUACGCGAGAGACGAUCUUAAAAUACCGAUCCACCUCGGCAACAAGAUCUCGACGUACUUCGAGGACGAGAAAGAGUCGGGAAUCGUGCUGGAAAGCGGGGAGAGAAUUACCGCCGAUGUAGUGAUCGCGUCGGAUGGGGUGCGGUCCAGGGCACGAAAGUCGGUCCUCGGCUACGAAGACAAGCCGAAGAGCAGCGGCUAUGCCGUCUGGCGAUCAUGGUUCCCGAACAAGGACAUGCUCGCGGAUCCGGAGACUGCUCACUUCUGCAACAACGGCGACACGUUCAACGGCUGGAUAGGGCCGGACAUGCAUUUCCUAUUCAGCACGAUCAAGAACGGCUCCGACUGCUGCUGGGUGCUGACGCACCCGGACUCGCACGACAUCGACGAGUCGUGGAGCUUCCCGGGGAAGCUGUCGGAGGUGCAGGAGGCGGUUCGGGGCUGGGACCCGAUGUGCGGCCGCAUCAUCGCGAAGACGCCGGAGGAGCGGCUGGUGGACUGGAAGCUGGUGUACCGCGACCCGCUGCCGACGUGGGUGAGCGCGGCGGGGCGGAUCGUGCUGCUGGGCGACGCGGCGCACCCGUUCCUGCCGACGAGCGCGCAGGGGGCGGCGCAGGCGCUCGAGGACGGCGUGGCGAUCGCGGUGUGCCUGCGGCGCGGCGGGCGGGCCGCCGUGCCGACGGCGGUGCGCGCGCACGAGCGCAUCCGGUACGAGCGCGUGCGCCGCGUCCAGAAGACGGGCGAGACCACGCGCGAGAUGUGGCACAAGACCGACUGGGACGCCGUCAGGGAGAACCCCGAGAUCGUCCAGCUCCCGCGCCAGGCCUGGAUCUUCGACUUCGACGUCGAGAAGGACGCCGAGGAGACGUACGACGACGUCGUCAAGGAGAUCCUCGCCAAGGCGUAGAUGUACCCGCUUAAGUAUACUUGCAGACGCGCGUUAGAUACAGGGGAAGUAAAUUUCUCGUCCUUUUGCUCACUUGUUGCGAACCUGUAGAGUGUGAUAUUAUCUGUCUAUAUGCUCCCAG